AGAGCGUCAAGAGAGGAGACUGAACACUACUCUCUUUGUUAUUGUAUCGCGGGCUCAGAGAAGGUUCAAAAUGGCGGUGUUCGUGGAAGAUGAGGACAUAAAAGUCUUGAGACUGGAAUUUGAGUGGUUGCUAAAGGAACAUGUACCCAAAGUUCUGACCCAGCUGGGAACCAUUUUACAGGAAUGCUCAAAAUGUUUGAAACUCUCAUGUAUUCCAGGAAAAACAGCCACAGGUGAAAUACAAGGGGAAGUAAAGCCUCAAGAUUACUUCAUGCUCUCUACCCCAAAUAGUGAUACCCUUAAAGGUUAUGUUGCUGUGGAAGGAGAAAAUAUUUCAAAAGCAGACUUAAAAUUCAAGCUUCCCAAAGUAUCUAGCUCUGGCUUUCGUGUCUUCAUAAGAGAGCAUGAGCCAUGGAAGCUAAAACAGAUUCAAGAUGCGAUCAACUACUUGCAACUUGCUGUAGAAAAAGUUGAGGAAACUAAAGCAAACUGUAAUUUAUCAUCAGGUCGAGAUGUCAGUAAGGAUGUGGAAGAAAUAACAAGUUUUUUGACUAAAGGAAAGUCGAGAUUAUCUUUGCCUGAUAAGACACCUGUUUUAGAUAUGUUAUCAUCUGGAGACCAGCGGGUAUUUAAGCCUGGUCUGCCAGAUGAUGUUGUUGCAUACUUUUGUGUGAACAGUGACAAACUUGUUCUGUCAAUCUACACUUUAACAACGCUUCCGGUCCCACCCCAAAACUCAAAGCAGCCUCAGGAGAAUGACCCUGUUGGACAAACAUUGUAAGCAUCUAAGUUUUAAUCAAGUUUGGUAUGUUAACAAGGAGUGUUUAUUAUUAGAUUUAAAAGAUUUAUUAAGAUUCUGUCAGGCUUGCAAAUUUGCAAAAAUAUGAACAUGGAAGCAUACAAAAUUAAUA